AUGGCCAGACAAGUACCACGCUCCAUAGAGUAUGGUGGAAUAACUUUUCCAAGUCUCGUCCAUACCGAGGCAAGUGUCCGAUACGCCCAUCAGAGCUUCCAGGUGCGUGACAGCGAUGUCUUCAGCAUCACAUACCCCAAAUCUGGGACAACAUGGAUGCAAGAAAUCCUCUCCCUGAUUCACAGCAAUGGGGAUCCCACACUGUCACAGUCAGUUCCCUCCUGGGAAAGGGUGCCCUGGAUCGAACAGAAGACGGCAGUUGAAUACUUGGAAAACCGGCCCGGGCCCCGUCUCAUCACCUCUCACUUGCCCUCCACUCUCUUUCCAGAAUCUUUUUUUGCUUCCCAGGCCAAGGCCAUUUACACAGUCCGGGACCCGAGAGAUGUCUGCGUGUCACUCUAUUAUUAUGCCAAGAUGUCCUCAUUUCUGGAGUACAAGGAAGAUUUUGGCGAAUUCAUCGAGAUGUUUUCUGCAGGAAAAAUUCUCUUUGGCUCCUGGUUUGAUCAUGUCAAGGGCUGGUUGGUUUACAGGAACCAGAUAAAUUUUCUGCUUCUAACCUAUGAUGAAUUGCUGCAGAAUCUUCAAGGCAGUGUCCUCCGCAUCUGCCAAUUCCUUGGCAAGGACUUAGAUGCCUCUGCUGUGGACUCCGUUGUGGCGAAUGCCUCCUUCGAGACAAUGAAGAGCAACAAGAUGGUGAAUUACAGCCUCAUUCCGGAUGAUGUUAUGGACCAAAAAGUCAGCCCUUUCUUCAGAAAAGGCAUCUCUGGGGAUUGGAAAAAUCACUUCACCCCAGAACAGAGUGCUGCAUUUCAUCAUCUUUACCAGGAAAAAAUGAAAGAGGUGGACAUCAGCUUUCCCUGGGAUGAACUCCAAAGCAAAAUCCAUCAGGAACCUUGAGUUUUGGAGAAGGGGAACAUUAGGGCUGUUUUAUUCUACCCACUAAUACACCAUUUUUUUCACUGAGAACUAGUAUCCUUUCUUCAACUUGAUAGUGGCCACUCUUUCUAAUGAAAACACAGGAAUCCCAACCAUAGGUGCUGUUUCAGAUUCCAGGGCAAGUUUGUGCUCUAAGCUAUGAGCAGUAGGGAGCUGCCAGUGAAACAAACCUGAGGUCUGGUUAAUAGGGUCAGAGUACAGAAGGUUAACACUUUCUCUAGACAUAAGCUGCAGUAGUGGGUAGGGUUGUGUGUUUUUGUCAGGAAGAAAUGCUUGGUUUCACCUUGAUGUUCUAGUUUUCUGCUUGCAGAGAACUUUCAUAAGAGAACAUUCCCAUGAGGGUAAAUGGAAUCCUGGGUGCUUACUUAUCUCCUAUCAUUGUCUUAUAUAUUCUGUGCUUCUUUUAAUCAUUUUUUACUUCUGUUUACUGACUGGCCUGCCUUUUGUUUGUCAUGAA